AUGCUGGAAGGUGUCAUGCUCUUUCUCUUUCUGGCCGUGAUGGUGCAGUUUUUCACUGGGGUCCUGGCAAGUGGCUUCAUUGUGGUUGUCAGUGCUAUUGACUUGAUCACACACAGGAAAAUGGCCCCGUUGGAUCUGCUUCUUUCUUGCCUGGCAACUUCUCGGAUCAUUCUGCAGAUGUGUGUCUUCCUUGUACAACUGAGUCUACUAUAUUUGGUGAAAUACUCUUUAUUUGUUGAUAAUAUUACCUUUGUCUUAUUUAUAAAUGAAUUGAAUCUUUGGUUGGCCACAUGGCUUGGCGUUUUCUACUGUGCCAAGAUUGCUACCAUCCCUCACCCAUUCUUCUUGUGGCUGAAGAUGAGGAUAUCUAGGUUGGUACCAUGGUUGAUUCUGGGGUCUGUGUUCUGUUCAACUAUUACUGCUAUCAUCCAUAGCAGAGAGACUACAACAAUUCCUAAACAAACCUUUACAAGCUUUUUUUCUAAAAAUGCAACUCAGUUUGGACAGAUAAAUGCCACACUACUCUCGGUCUUCAUUCUUGGGCUCACACUUCCAUUGCUCAUCUUCAUUGUUGCUAUUCUGCUCUUGAUCUCCUCCCUGUGUAACCAUAGCUGGCAGAUGAAGACUAUGGUAGGUGCCAGGGAAUCCAACAGAUAUUCCAUCAUCAGUGCAAUGCUGUCCAUUCUACUGUUCCUUUUCCUUUAUUUCUCCCACUACAUGAUAGUUGUUCUGAUGUCUACUCAAGGCUUCCAGUUUGGAAGAGCAAGCUUUCAAGUCGGCAUGUUGGUGUUUGGUAUAUGCCUCUCAUUACACUCGAUUGUCUUAAUUUUAGGAAAUCCUAAGCUGAAACAAAAUGCAAAAAUGUUCAUUGUCCAUUGUAAAUGUUGUCAUUGUGAGAAAGCUUGGAUCAUUUCGAGGGCAGUGCCUGCUACUCACCACUCAGCCACCAAGACAUAA